AUGCUUUUCACCAACAUUGUCAUCCCCGUGCUGGUGGCCUUCCUCCCCUCCGCCCUCGCACAGUCGAACGCCAUCGUCUCCCUCGCCCUCUCCACCAACUCAACCUGCUCCAGCACCCCCACAACCUUCGAGAUGGAGACCAACCGCUGCUACUCAUUCGGCGACACCAAGGGCAUGCGCGUCACGCACCACUCCCCAGGUGCAACGUACAAUGCUCUGCGCGUGUUCACGACCGCCAACUGCGAUGCGGGACAAGACUGGAAGUACGUGGAGCUGGAUGGUGGUGCGUGUGAGAAUGUCGAAAUGUACAAGGCGUACUUGGUCAAGUUGAGGGAUUAA